AACACCAAAACAACACCACAUUCACAUUUAAAUCAAUUCGAUCAAUAUAUUCGACAUGGAUCCGGAUAACAUAGAGAUGGGGAGAGAUGACGACACCGAGGAGUCGGAGGCGCCCAGUGGCGGCUCCGUUAGCUACCAGGAAAACGAAGAUCCCCAGUUCAAGCGUGAGGUCGAGAAGGCCAUCUGUAUCAUGCCGCCCCGACCGGGAACGGCGGUGAUGAACUACCAGGAGCUGUAUAUUCCAAGGAACCAGCUCACCGACGUGUACUACCCCAUUCAGGAGGCGCAGCGAUGGCUCACGCUGAUGGACAAGAUGGGCAAGCCGCACCGCUUCCCGCUGCCCACGAUCCUGCCGAAGGUGAUCCAGACCCGCUACGUGCCCAAGCGGCACCUGCCCAAGGACGUGGAGGUGGACCGACGGCGGCGGCAGUACCAGAAGAUCAACCUGGUGGAGGAGCUGGCCAAGGCGGGUCUCACCAACGACGUGCUGCAGCCCACCGAGGAGCAGUACAACGUGAUGUCCGAGUUCGCCUUCCCGCACAAGUUCCCGCUGAGCUACUUCGACGACAGCAACUUCGACAUCAACUCCCCAGCGGCGUGGUUCGACCUGGGCGUCGUGGGCGACGUCCACUACCCGCUGCCGGCGAAGGCCUACCUGCCCUACAACCAGAGCCUCCUCAACUGCCAGUGGGGCAUGGCGGCCGUCACCGCGCACCACCAGGACUCGGACCUCUGGACGCUGCUGUCGCUGGAGGACGGCUGCACCUACACGGUGCCCAAGCUGCAGUUCAUGUUCAUGGCCGAGAACCCGCACAAGUACAUCCAGCGCCUGCAGGCCGCCGUCCACGAGCGGCACAAGGGGGAGCAGCUGAUGCUGAUGGAGCUGAUCGUCGACUGCGUCCUGCACGAGGACAUCGAGUCCACGGUCUUCUACAGCUUCAAGCCCAUCGAGGCGGUGCUGCUGGCGGCGAAGGUGUCCGAGCAGUGCAAGCGGCGGCUGCGCUCCGAAGUGAACCUGGUGUUCGAGCGCCUGAUGGCUCUGUACGAGCUGGAGCAGUUCAUCCUGAAGAUGCCCAAGGAGUUCCCCCAGUUCCGCAACAUCAACCUCAAGGAGUUCCUGCCCCGCUCCUUCGCCGUCGAGGUCUCCGGCAAGGAGCGCGAGGAGCUGCAGUCCCUGGGCAUCACCAUGCAGGAGAAGCGCUACGACUUCCUCAAGGCAAGUCUCUUCUACUGCGUCGGAGGCGUGGAGGCCAUGGCCGGCGUGGCCAUCGAGUGCCAGUACAUCGAGACCCUCUCGAUAUUCGUCUGCACCUUCAGCAAGCCCCUGGCACUAGCCGACUUCCUGCAGGCCCAGGAGGCGCACAGCGACAACGUGGCCACGUUCCUCAAGGUCUACUGGCCCCAGAAGCUCACGUCGGUCAUCACGGUGGUGCUCCGAGCCCUGGGAAAGGGCUGGCUGGACAUCUCCCUUAACACGUGGACCGUCUACCUCAUGUGCAAAAUCUCGAGGUUCGUCCUGCAGGUCAAGUUUCGGAUGCAGGAGUCCAUGGAGGUGCUGCUGGAGACGUCCCUGCUCAACUUCUCGCACUUCGUCUGCGAUCCGUGUCUGGGGUUCCUCGACCUGAAGUCCAACUACAAGUGGACCAACAACUACAUCGACACGGAGUUCCCCUAUCACAGGCCUGUCUUCGCCAUGACCCUGGGCAUCAGCGAUGACCGCAAGGUCUUCUACUCCACCGACCCGGAGGAGUUCCAGCCGGGCCUGGUGGAGAUCUUUAAGAAGUGCUUGGAGAAAGUGGCUGGUGUGCGGUUAAUCGACGCGGCCGUCAUGACCUUCUUAAAAUUCGCCCCAAACCUCUACAUCCUGACGGUCGAGUUGAUCGAGGAGAGCUUCGUGAGGGAGAACGAGCUGCUGAAGAGGUGCUACAGCAAGGCUGUCCUUCCGCUCAGGGCAUACGCGCGGCUCUACGAAAGGUUCAUCGACUUCUACCUCCUCAACAUCAACACCUACAUGCAGGCCUACGCCCAGGCCCAUAAGGCGUCCUCCGAGGUCAAGCGGGACAUCCUCGAGCACAAGCGCCUGAAGGAGGAGGUCCGCGAGAUACUGCCUGCCUUCAUAACAAUCGGUCCGUUCUACAUCAACAUCGAUACGCUGAAGCAGUUUAUGAUAAAGAAGCGCAUCGAGAUCGUAAGGCGAAUCUUCGAGUACUACGUUGACCGGAUGUAUGAGACGAACGAGCUCCUGCUGGACCGCUGCCUGGAGGUGUUCCGCAGCAUCGCAGAGCGGCCCAUCAGUAUAGAGCACCUGUACGAGAUUCGAGACUUUGCGCUGACCGUCCCGGAUGUGGUGGAUGAACUGAAGGCGGACAUCCAGGUCAUGUGGCUGGAGUACGACCUGCUGGACAGCUUCUUCUACAACCUGAGCGACCACCAGUUUGCCAUGAAGUGGAACGUCUACGCCUGGCCGCACCAGAUAAUGGUGCGGUUGUCCACCCUGAAGGACGAGCAGAAAAUAGACAUCGAGGAGUUCCUGCGACUGCACGGCAGCGAGUGCCAGGCGUUCGAGGAGCGUCUGGAGUCCCUGAACGACGAGGUGCAGGCCUACUCACUGGCCUUCAAUCCGAACCGGGCCCAGGAGACGUCGGUGGACAUCAAGAAGACAUGGGCGCUGAUCAAGGAGCUCGAGAAGGUCAGCCAGACCCUGCAGUUCCGCCAGGAGCUUUUCGAGCUGGAGCCGCUCUCCGUGCAAUUUCUGGAGAGCAUCAUCGAGAGCUUCACCCCCUACAAGAACCUGUGGUACUCCUGUGCCAACUUUCUGAAACUCGAGGAGGCCACUUUGGGCAACCCAAUAGCACAGCUUGACCUGGAGGACGUGUGGAACAACUUGAUGAAGCUUCGCGAAGAGCUCACCGAAUCCAUGGGCAUAUUCAGUGAAAAGAUUGAGAUUAUGGAGGUGGCCAAAACGUUUGUUGGAAAGAUUGACGACUUUAUUCCGGUUUACAACAGCAUAAAGGAUCUACGCAAUGAGAACUGGAUGUACAUGCACUGGCAGGAGCUUAGCGCAAUAACCGGUCAGGAAAUCAAGUACACCAUUGCCAUGAACUACCAGUAUCUCGUGCGCAAGGGCAUUCUGGAUUUCUUGCCCGAGGUCCACGUCAUCUCGGACAAGGCCAACAACGAGGCGGAGGAGAUCCGGCGGGCCAUCGAGGAGGAGGAGCGGCGAAAGCAGGCCGAGCUGGACGCUCUUUUGAUGCGCAAACAGCUGCGCAAGUGCCGCAGGGAUAUACUAUAGGA